AUGAGUGAGCAGGCUAAUAAAAAUGUCACGCUGAUUUCUUCAGACGAGUUUUCCUUUAUAAUCCCAAAGCCAGUGGCACUCAAGGCGGGCAUGUUGGCAGAUAUGCUUGGAGAGGACAGUGCAUUCAGUGAGAGCAUGAGCAAUACCUGUAAUCUGGAUAUUCGUGGCGUCGUCCUAGAAAAGGUCUGCGAGUAUCUUCUAUUCAAGCAGAGGUACGAGAGCGUAGACAAUAAGGAAACAGUGCCAGAUUUCCAAGAGAGGAUACCGCCAGAGAUCGCGCUUGAGCUACUCGUCGCAGCCGAUUACCUUCAAAGUAAGUUGCGUGCACACUGA